AUGAGCUUAUUCCUUGUACUACUACUACUUGUGUUAUCGGCAGUACUAGGUUUUCCUCCUAGUGCCGCCACAUCUAAAAAUAACUAUCCCAUAGCCAAACCCAACUGCGUUGAUCGCUGCGGGGAUGUAACCAUCCCAUUUCCCUUUGGGUUGACACAAGAUUGCGCUCUAAACCCAGCCUUCUUCAUCAAUUGCACCUCUUCCAUUAACCAUCUUCCUAAGCCAUUUUUAGGAGGCGGUAAUGUAGAGGUAAAAAGGAUAUCAGUUGAAGGGCAGAUGAACAUCAAGAGCUACGUAGCUCGACGGUGUUAUGACAGGGGUGUAUACCCUCCCCGACUCAACAUAUUUUCGUUUAAGUCAUCGGGUGAGUCGUUGAAAUUGUACGUCAACCAGACCGGCAAUAAAUUCGUCGCUGUGGGUUGCGACAUUUUUGGUUACGUUUACGGCUAUGGCGAGAGGGGCACCUAUAGAGUCGAAGGUUGUAACGCCACGUGUAGCAACAUAGGAGAUGUUGAAGAAGGGAGUUGCUCCGGGUUUGGGUGUUGCGAGACCGGGAUUCCUAACGUGGCUAGGAACGUGUACGUUUCAGUGGAUAGCUAUAAUAACUAUAACUAUACAACCGGUGUUAUUCCCUGCAACUACGUGUUCGUGGUGCAGAAAGAGGAGUUCAACUUUUCCACCACUCUCCUUACCACCAGAAACUGGGAUUUGGAGAGGGAAACGCCACUGACGAUGCUUCUUGACUGGACCAUCUCCGAGCAGAUAUUGAUGAGUGUGAGGUUCGACAGAAGAACAAUUGCUCCAAAAAUUCUAUUUGCACAAAUACUGAAGGUGGUUAUGAGUGCUCUUGUGAGAAGGGUUACGAAGGUAAUCCAUAUCUCCACCCAGGUUGCCUAUAUUGAUGAAUGCGAAAAUGGACAAAACAAUUGUUCUGAAAACUUCACUUGUAAGAAUAAACCAGGCGGUUUUUCGUGUCAUUGCAAGGAUGGUUACGACAAUGAUGGGAAAGGUGGCUGCAAAUUACCCAGUAUACAUGCAAACAAUGUGCACAUGAUUGCUUUGGGUGCGGCUUUAGGUGCUAUAAUGCUGUUGAUGGCCAUUUGUUUUUCUCUGUACUUGGCAUAUCGACAAAGGAAAUCAGUACAGAUGAGAGAGAAGUUCUUUAGAGACAAUGGAGGAAUGAUUCUGCAACAAAGAAUUGCCCAAGGUGGUGAAUUCUUUGGCGAAACAAGAAUUUUUACUGCCGAGGAGCUUGAAAAAGCCACCAACAACUACGACCAAACUACAAUUAUUGGUCAAGGUUUUGGGAUUGUAUAUAGAGGACACCUUCUUGAUGGAAGAAUAGUAGCAAUUAAAAAGGCAAAGAUGAUGGACCCAACUCAAGUUGAGCAGUUCAUCAAUGAGGUAAUUGUGCUCUCCCAAAUCAGUCACAGAAACAUUGUCAAACUCUAUGGGUGUUGUUUAGAGACAGAAAUUCCGUUGUUGGUUUACGAGUUCAUAAGCAACGGGACGUUGUCCGAACAUCUACACAACAAAGACAAGGCAUCGGCAUUACCUUGGUCGACCCGUUUAAGAAUAGCAACAGAAACAGCUAAGGUCCUCUCUUAUUUGCAUUCUGUAGCUUAUCCUCCAAUCAUCCACAGAGAUGUUAAAUCUGUAAAUAUUCUCCUUGAUGAAGACUUCACCGCCAGGGUAUCAGAUUUUGGUGCGUCGAGAUUAGUCCCUCAAGAUCAAACUCAAUUGACAACAAUGGUGCAAGGAACAUUUGGUUAUCUAGAUCCCGAGUACUUGCAAACCAACCAUUUAACAGAAAAGAGUAAUGUCUAUAGUUUUGGAGUUAUCCUCGUAGAGUUGCUUACGAGUAGAAGGGCUCUAUCUUCUAAUGGUCACGAGGAAGAGAGACUUCUAUCUCAAUAUUUCCUUUCAUUGUUGAAAGAGAAUCAGUUGUUCCGAAUUCUUGAUGACAACAUUAUAUGUGAGGGCAACACUGAAGAGUUACAAGAGACUGCCUUGCUUGCGAAAAGAUGUUUAAAUGUGAAGGGAGAGGAUAGGCCAACAAUGAAGGAAGUUGCUACAGAACUAAGUGGAUUGAGGAGAGCAGAAACACAUCCAUUGACCAAUAAUCUAGAGACUUCUGUGGAGCAAUAAUCCACAGACUUCUAUGGAAUCAAAGGCACUACUUACUGAAUAACCAAUCCCUCUAAUUACUG